AUGCUACACUUUCGACUCAGCAUGCCCCGGCUCAGGAGCAGCAAGACGCCCAACUCAGCAACAGGAUCAAAACCACUCCCUCCCCCCGACUUCCCACUAGCCACUAUGCCUCUUCGCAUGCUGCUCCGCUCUUUAUUCAUCGCCACCAUUUCCUCGAAACGCUAUCUGCUCAUUCCGGCGCUUCACCUCCUCGCCUUUUUUGCAAAGCCCGGUAGGAGCUUUCUGUUCAACGUCGAUCGGAAUCCUGUGCUGCAUGCGCUGCUGAAGAAGACGCUGUACAAUCAGUUCUGUGCGGGGGAGUCAGUGCAAGAGACCAAGGCGUGUGUGCGGCAGUUGAAGGAGCUGGGGUUCCAGGGCGUCAUUCUUACGUACGCAAAAGAGAUGGUGUUUGAUCAUAAGGCUAGAGCCGAGCUGCAGGAGAGUGUCGAUUUGGAGAGAGCAAAAUAUGGGAAGGUGGCGCCUGAGUGUAGCGCCAGCAUCGAGGAGUGGCGUCUGGGUACGCUCAAGACGGUUGAUCUAAUCGACGAAGGUGAUAUGCUCGCUAUAAAAAUGUCUGGCGCCGGCCCAUCCGUCACAUCCGCCUUCGCCAACAACGCCCCGCCCCCGCCGCAACUCCUCUCCGCGCUCUCCGAAAUCGCCACAAAAUGCGCAGACCGGCGCAUCCGCCUGAUCGUCGACGCCGAAUCGCAGCACAUCCAACCCGGCAUUGCCCAUACCACACUCUCACUCAUGCGCCAAUUCAACCACGGCGCCGACGCCGUCAUCUACAACACGUACCAAGCCUAUCUGAAGAGCACGCCGGCGGUCCUCGCGCACCAUAUCGACGCCGCGGAAAAGGAGGGCUUCACGCUGGGUCUGAAGCUCGUGCGCGGCGCGUACAUGCACUCGGACGACCGGGCGCUGAUCCACGCCCGCAAGCAAGACACCGACGACGCGUACAACGCGCUUGCGCAGGGCGCGCUGUGCCGGCGCAUCGGGGAGUUCGGCGCCCCAGACGCAGACGCCCGGCGCUUCCCCGCUGUGAACCUGCUCCUCGCGAGCCAUAACAAAGACAGCGUGCUUGCGGCGCACAGGCUGCAUGCGCAGCGCGUGGAGGCAGGACUUCCGACUGUGCCGGUGUGCUAUGCGCAGCUGCAUGGGAUGGCGGACGCGGUGAGCUUUUCGCUGCUGCGGGAGGAGGGGGCGGAGGGGGAGAAGCCAGGGGUGUUUAAGUGCUCGACUUGGGGGAGCGUGGGCGAGUGCGUGGGGUAUCUUUUGAGGAGGGCGGUGGAGAAUAGGGAUGCGGUUUUGAGGACGGGGGAGGAGGUUCGGGCGGUGAGGAGGGAGGUGGGGAGGAGGUUGGGUUUUUAA